AUGGAGCCACAACCAUCCGCCACCCCAGAAAAACCGCCGAAACAGGCGUGCGACAAUUGCCGUCGACGCAAGAUCAAGUGUUCGAGGGAGCUUCCAUGCGACAAGUGCCAGCGUCUUCUUCUCUCCUGCUCCUACAGCGACGUGCUCCGUCGCAAGGGUCCCAAGUUCCGCACGCUGUACCCUCUCGCGCCCAUCCAUCCCCUCGCUUCACGACCGCGUCCCCUCACCAAGGAAUGGCUGCCCCCAGACCCAGGGGCCUGCCAUUUGGCGUCCCCGACGUCGCCGCCGUUCACAGUCGUGGACGCCCAGUAUCCACAUCCUGACUUCUCGGAGUCGUUCACUCGCAUCCCACCCCCAGAUCUCGUCUCCUCGCCCGAUUCGACAAACUCGCUCUUCGACUCGUCCACCAUCGGCGCGCUCCCCGCCCCGCGCCGCCUCUCCGCGCCAAUCCUCCUGGCCCAUGUCAAUGUCUUCUUCAAGUACCUGUUCCCCAUCAUGCCCAUCGUGAGACAGGACCAGCUGCAGCAGGACAGCCACCAGCCCGAGCGCUUGUCUCCCCAGCGCUACGCGUUCCUUGCCGCUCUCUGCGCAGCCACGCACAUCCAGCUGAAGCUGGACGGUGCAACGCCGGGCCCCGACUCGGCUUCCGGGCAAGCCACUAUCGACGGCCACCCCAUGUUGUCCGGGGAUGAACUCCUGGCCGAAGCCGUGCGCGCAAGGAAGGAGUACAACGUAGUCGACGAAAUCAACAUGGACAACCUCCUCACCUCGUUCUUUCUCUUCGCCGCCUACGGAAACCUAGACCGACAGGACCAGGCUUGGUUCUACCUCAGCCAGACUAUGUCCAUGGUCUUCACGCUUGGCCUGCAACGCGAAUCCACAUACUCGAAAUUAAGCGUCGAGGAAGCCGAAGAGAAAAGGCGGGUAUUCUGGCUGCUAUUCGUCACAGAAAGAGGCUACGCAUUACAACAAGCCAAGCCCGUCAUGCUCCGCAACUCCAUCCACAAACCGCAGGUGCUCUGCUCCGACGACCCCAUCCUCGCCUACGGCUUCAUCAAUCUCAUCAACGUCUUCGAGAAGCUCAGCCCAAACCUGUACGACUGGGUGUCAGCCGGCGGCGGCAGCAGCGCAGACGGCGAGGCGCCACCCACUUCGUCCAUCCAAUGCAGCCUAGCCAAGCAAAUCUCGCUAGAAGGCGUGUCCGAGAUCCAGAAAGUCGACAUCCUGAUCACGCAGCAAUGGCUACAAGCCAUGAUGUGGAAGCUGUCCAUGACGCACGCCACGCAGCCCGGGUCGCGCGACGACGCCGUGCUCCCCUUCCACCUGCCCGUGCUGGUCGGCAAGGCCGUCAUGGGUGUCAUCACCGCGGCAUCGCAAGGCGCCGUGGACGCCCACGGCAUCGGAAUG